AUGCCUUCUUCUCCGAUCGCCUCCUUUGUUUUCUCAGUCCUCUUUAUCGUUUUGCUGAGCUCAAUCCCCAUCCAAACCCAAGCCAACAAGCCUCACGUCAUCAAUUUCCGAUCCCCAAAUCUCUACCCAGAAGGCAUAGCAUACGACCCCUCCGCCCAGCACUUCAUCGUCGGCGCCCAACACCACCGCACCAUCUAUUCUGUUUCCGACGCCGGCGUCGUCGACCUUCUCGUCUCCGACACCGACCUCCCAGAAAACGUCACCUUCCUCGGCCUCGCCGUCGACACCGUCAACAACCGCCUCCUCGCCGCCGUCCAAGCCAUGGAGCCACUCCCUCCCUUCAGCGCCCUCGCCGCCUACGACCUCCGCACGCGCCGCCGCCUCUUCCUCACGCCCCUCCCCUCAGCCGACGGCGACACCUCCCGCCAGAUCGCCAACGGCGUCGCCGCGGAUUUCAAGGGCAACGCUUACGUCACCAACGCGGCGGCCAACUUCAUCUGGAAAGUCAACUCCGAAGGAGACGCCUCCAUCUUCUCCAGGUCUCCGCUCUUCUCGGCGUAUCCUGUGGACCCCGAGUCGCCGUUCAGCUUCUGCGGACUCAACGGCAUUGCUUACGUCAGCAAGGGGUAUCUACUGGUGGUGCAGUCCAACACUGGGAAGCUGUUCAAAGUGGACGCGGAGGACGGGACCGCCAGGGAGGUUCUGUUGCCGGAGAACCUGCCUCUGGCAGACGGCAUUGCGAUGCGAAGAAACGGCGACGUCGUGGUGAAUUCUCCGAACAAAAUGUGGUUUCUUAAGAGCCAAGACAACUGGUCAGAGGGUGUGGUGUAUGACAAGACUGAGCUUGAAGUGGAGAGGUUUCCUACCUCAGUGGCCGUGGCGGCAGAGGACAGAGUGUAUGUGAUAUACGGGCAUUUUCUCGAGGGAACGGCGGGGAAUUCGGAGAGGGAGAUGUUUAGUAUAGCGGAGGUGAGGUCGGAGAAGGAGAGCAAGGAAGAGACUGUUUGGAUUUAUGUUUUGGUUGGUUUGGGUUUGGCUUAUUUCAUGGUCUGGAGGUUUCAGAUGCGCCAGCUUGUUGGCAACAUGAACAAAAAGACCAACUAGUUUUUCACAUUUUUGUAGCUUAUUUUUGUAACAAUAAACUUAGUUUUUCUGUUAUGUAAGAUGUGCUUGUUGUCCC